AUGGCCAUCCUCAACCCUACUAUCGAGCAAGUAAAGGCGUCUGUUGACGCGGCGCUGGAAGCGGCGAAUGUUUCCCUACGCGCUCUCAACAAGAAUAUCUGGUCCAACCCCGAAACCGCAUACGAGGAGCACAGAGCACACGAUACAAUCUGCAAAUUUCUCGAGGAAAAGGGCUUCACAGUAACCCGACACGCAUUCGGGCUCGACACCUCCUUCGAGGCCAGAAGUGGCUCUGGCGGCCGUCUGGUCAACUUCAACGCCGAAUACGAUGCGCUGCCCGACAUUGGGCAUGCCUGUGGCCAUAACCUCAUCACAACCAGCAGUGUUGCAGCCUUUCUAGCACUGUCGGCGGUUCUCAAGCAAUAUAAUAUCCCCGGUCGCACCCAGCUGUUGGGCACCCCCGCAGAGGAAAAUGGUGGCGGCAAGGCCAAGCUGAUUGAUGCUGGUGCUUACAAUGGAGUGGAUAUAUCAUUAAUGGCUCACGCAGGGCCGAAAGAGCUCUUCCCUGGCGUGGUUUCAGACGGAUGCGCUGGUGUAUUGAUGAACGCACGCAAGGAAAUCCACUGCGAGUUCACAGGCAUCAGUGCCCACGCUGGUGGCAAUCCCUGGGACGGAGUCAAUGCCCUUGACGCCCUGGUCGGCGCGUAUAACAACAUGGCGAUGCUGCGCCAGCAAAUGAAGCCGGACGAGAGAGUCCACUGCGCUUUCCUUGAUACACCCAAGGUCGCGAAUGUCAUACCGGCGUUCACAAAGGCCUACUGGCAGAUUCGCUCUCCGUCAUUAAAAGGACUGAAUGCAUUGAUGUCCAGGGCGCGCAGGUGUAUCGAGGCCGGGGCUUCAGCAUCAGGGUGCGAGGUCAACAUUGUCGAGAAAGAGCUGUAUGCCGACAUCAAGCUCAAUGACACCCUCUGUGCUCUAUACCAGACACACAUGGGCACGUACGGGCGCAAUGUUCUCAAAAGCCACGAAAAGGUCCUGACUGGGUCUUCUGAUAUCGGCAAUGUCAGCUACAUUAUGCCCACCCUGCAUACGAUGUUUGCCAUCCCAGCCGCGGACGGUGCUUUUCCUCACCAUCCCACGUUUGCUGCUGCUGCUGGAACAGACGGCGCCCACGAGGAAGCGCUGGUGGUGGGCAAGAGUCUGGGGAUGAUCGGGUGGGAAAUGAUCACAAACGAAUCGCUGUUUGAGCAGGCCAGAAGCCAGUGGCAGAAAUGCGUGAAGGAGCAGUAG